AUGUCUCCUCCUUCUGAUGUUACUGAAACUCCCACUCCCACCCACGGUUCUUCAUCCACAACAACAGGAAAUGGAAAUACCAUUGAUUCCACACAUCCUUUCUUUCUUCAUGCAUCUGAUGCACCAGGGAUGAUACUUGUCAACACACCAUUUGAUGGUCGAGGUUAUGCUGGAUGGAGCAGAUCUAUCUUGAUUUCACUUUUAGCCAAGAACGAGUUGGGUUUCAUUGAUGGAUCUUGCCCUAUGCCAACCCCAACAGAUCCUACUUUCAAACCUGGAGCAGAUGUAACCAUAUGUGUCCUCUAUUCAAAAAUAGCUAAGGAUCUAUGGCUGGAUCUGGAGCACAGGUUUGGACAACCAAAUGGAGCCAAAUUACAUCACCUGCAAAAGGAGCUAGCUGAUUUAGUUCAAGGUUCAACAGAUAUUGCUAGUUAUUUUACCAAAAUGAAACUAUUAUGGGAUGAGUUAGACACUCUCAACACUGACAUGUACUGUUCUUGCAACUGUGAAUGUGGUAGUAAGAAGAAAAUGCAACAAUUUAAGGAAGAUGAAAGGAUCAUUCAAUUCCUCAUGGGAUUGAAUGAGACCUAUGAACAUGCUAGAAGCAACAUUCUCAUGAUCAAACCAUUACCCUCAGUCAAUCAAGCAUAUUCCCUUCUCAUGCAAGAUGAGAAUCAGAGGGAAAUUCAUGUCAAUCCUCAUUUCCCAACAGAUGGUUCUUCAUUCCUAGUGAGAAAUCAAGCUCCUCAGAACCAUCAGACCUCUAAUGGUCCUCAAUUCUACACUCAACAGAAGACUGGAAACAAUUCCUACAAAGGGAAAUCUGAAUAUAAAGGGAAAAAGAAUGCACAGAUGUAUUCUUAUUGCAAGAUGACUAAUCAAACAAUUGAAAACUGCUAUAGACUUAUAGGUUUUCCUGCUGAUUUCAAAUUCACUAAAGGCAAGAAGAUGCAACAUACUGCAAAAGGAAAUUCAGCUGCUGCCAUAGAGGAUACAUGA